CCUCUUGGCAGGGCGCCCUGCGCUUCGAUCUCCCCAGAGCCCCGCAUAGACCUGGCGCGCCGAAUCAGACGGAAAAGUUUACGGGGGCCAGCUGGCCGUGUUUCUUUUUGAGCUCUUUCAGCCUUCCUGCCCCAUACGGCCAGUUCCACACGUGGCCCGUGGUUAUGCUGGCGGCGCCGCACGCGUUGCCCCCCUACACAAACAACCCUCCCAUUAUUUUAGGGGCUUUGUUUUUACUCGUUUUUUUGAUCACAUCUCAGGUGGACGUUCAAACCGACAGAAAUACGUUCAUACAUGGUGUCCACCCCUCGGCGUCGGCUCCUGGGCUGGGUGUGAUGUAUUGGUGGCGUUUUGAUUUGGUUAAAGGGGCGCGUUUGUGUGUUGACUGUCGUUCAGACGUUUAG